UAUUACCUCAGAGGAUGGGAUGAUUUUCAUGUGAAAAGUUAAAUGUAUCAUUUUUUUUCUAGAGUGCUGAUGACAUUAUGUCGUUACAGUUGAUUCUAAACGAAGCAGGCGCACCGUAAUCGGUUUCCCUGCUAGAUUGACCAUCUUGUGAAUAAUAACGGUCCUCCGUUUUAACAUGGUGAACGCGUUCACUCACUCUCCAUCUUUCGACGACACGAAACACUUGGAAGCCGAUUAAUUAUUGAUCACGUUUGGACAGUAUCGGUAUCCAUGCAGUGUAACGCCUUUUGGAACUGUAUCUGGGUAAGAUGUGUCCAUUCAAUUUCAUAAAAAAAAAAAUCUGUAUUGCAUUAAACUACAUGACAUUUAUCAGACGUUCGUGGGUGAGUGGAGGACACUUGCAAAUGUUAAAAGUCGAGGUGCUUAUUAUCUUUAGGUUGAUUGUCAUAUAUAGUCGUAUGUUAUGCCCCUUGGUGGUUGCGUAUUAGUUGAAGGGGCUAAAUUGCAGGCUAUUUGCUAAGAAAUGCCAAGGAAGUUGUCUCCGUGUAUAUUAUAAAAGUUAAGUGUAGUGACAGGUCAACCGAGGAUUCCUUGUUAUGUUCAUGGUAAAUGUAGUAGUCAGGGUAGCACCAUACAAACUGCAGUUUUUGCAGGUGCGAUCAAGAAAACAAAAACAGGAUUCGUCUGUGUGUGUGUGUGUGUGUGUGUGUGUGUGUGUGUGCGUGCGCGCGCGCGUGUGAACGAGUAGGAGACGGGGAGAUAGCGUGUGUGUGUGUGUGUGUGUGUGUGUGUGUGUGUGUGUGUGAGAGAGAGAGAGAGAGAGAGAGAGAGAGGGAGAGAGACAGAGAGACAGAGACAUUCCUCCAGGGAGACCGAAUAAGCAACUUUGUUACCAGGCAUAGCGUUGUCUCCUCUGGCACAGCACGUUAUGAAAAGAGAAAGGCAUUUGGCAGUUAUGGUUGAUCAGCGUUUAUUUGUAUCCUCCUUUAGUGCUUUACUGACGGCUAACCUGUUCUUAACAAAUAGGCAUCUUAGAACAUUUGCAAGUCAUACAAUGGAACGUACGUUGUCAUACCUAACAAGGAAUCUUAUUUACCAGUGAGUGAGAUGACAGUGCAUACUUCGGCGGCCCAACAGUGUGAGUUUGGCCAUCGACACAGGAAAAUGCAUCUCUGGAUUGUAAUUAUAUUGUCGGUGGCUACAUCGGUGGGCAUCGUUGAAAUGUUUGACAAUUAUGGAGAGAUAUGUCGAAGAUUGUGUGCCUGUGAGGAGAAAGAGGGGAUACUGACAGUAAGCUGUGAAAGUAGAGGAAUAGUCGAUCUCUCUGAAAUAAGCCAUGUGUACUUCACAACGUAUAAUUUACUGCUCACAGGGAACCUUUUGAAGAGGCUCUCCGCCAAUGACUUUGUUGAAUACAAUGGGCUUACAAUAUUGCAUCUGGGCAACAAUGACAUAUCCGAAGUUGAAUCAGGAGCUUUUAAUGGACUUCAGGGAUUAAAAAGAUUACAUCUCAACAAUAACAAGAUCGAUGCCUUGAAGGAAGAUUUUUUUGUUGGCCUUGAACGUCUGGAAUAUCUUCAACUAGACUACAAUUACAUCACCCAUGUUGAGCCAAAUGCCUUCAGCAAACUGCGUCAUCUGGAGGUCCUGAUUUUAAAUGACAACUUAAUUUCUACUCUUCCCACUAACAUUUUCCAAUAUGUCCCUUUGACUCACCUUGACCUGAGGGGGAAUCAACUGAAACUGCUGCCAUAUUCGGGUGUUUUGGAACACAUGGACAGUGUUGUGGAAUUACAACUAGAGGAGAACCCAUGGAACUGCACUUGUGAGUUGAUUGCUCUAAAGGCCUGGCUGGAGAGCAUAUCCUACACCGCUUUAGUGGGUGAUGUGGUCUGUGAGUUUCCAUUCCGGCUUCACGGGAGAGAUCUUGAUGAGGUCUCUAAACCAGAACUGUGUCCCAGGAGAGCUAUUGCAGAGUAUGAGAUGCGUCCCCAAGGACAUCAGACCACUGAUGCAUACUUUAGAACCACACCAGCCUCAGUCACAGCCUCAUUCCCAUCCUCUGCCAUAUUACGGUCCUCGUCAAGGCCCACCAAGGGACCUCGCCAGUCAGGCAAACUAAAGUCAAAACCCACGUCUCGCAUCCCCUCCAAUAAACCGCAAAACUACGGUCAAAUCGUUUCAUAUCAAACUAAAUCCCCUGUGCCUUUGGACUGUCCUACUGCCUGUACUUGCAAUCUCCAAAUUUCAGACCUCGGUCUGAAUGUCAACUGCCAAGAGAGAAAGAUUGAGCGCAUCUCUGACUUAAAUCCCAAACCCUACAAUCCCAAAAAGAUGUAUCUCACAGGGAAUUAUAUCCCUGUGGUGCGUACAUCAGAUUUCAUUGAAGCAACUGGAUUAGAUUUGCUUCACCUUGGCAACAAUCGGAUUGCUCACAUCCAUGACAGAGCCUUUGGGGAUUUAACACAGUUACGUAGGCUGUACCUGAAUGGGAAUUUGAUCGACCGCCUCACAGUCGAUAUGUUCUAUGGAUUGGAGAGCCUGCAGUUCUUAUAUUUAGAAUACAAUGUCAUUCGAGACAUUGUGUCAAACACCUUUCAGCAUGUCCCCAACCUUCAGCUGCUCUUCCUGAAUAAUAACCUCUUGAAGACCUUACCCGGGGAAAUCUUUAAUGGGUUGAAAUUGGCCAGACUAAAUCUUCGCAAUAAUCACCUCCGCAAUCUGCCUGUCAGUGGCGUGUUGGAUCAGCUGACAUCACUGGUGCAGGUAGACUUGUUCGAGAACCCUUGGGACUGCCGCUGUUCAAUUGUGGAGAUGAAGAUGUGGCUGGAACAGCUCAGCACAGGCACGGUUGUCAACAAUGUCAUCUGUGGCUCCCCUAAAAGACUGUUUGGGGAGGAUAUGCGAUACAUUAAGACAAGUAAUUUCUGUCCCAAUAACUCCGAUACCCUUGCCUCCGUGAUCCCGCCCUCUGAAGAAACCAUUCCCGGCAGCACUAUCACCAUAGAAACAUCAUUAGACGACGACGCACAUGUCAACAGUGUUCCUCUAUCUGUUAUGAUCCUUGCCCUGCUCCUGAUGUUCAUCGUUGCAGUGUUUGUCGCUGCAGGACUGUUUGCGGCUGUGAAGAAGAGACGUCAGAAGGCUCUAAAUGAGCAGAAUAACUCCAUGAACGCGUGCAUCAGUUCGCUGAACACGGAGUACGGUCUUUACAAAAAGGGAUCCGUUCCAAAAGUCAGGACGUCUGCAGGGCAUGUGUAUGAGUACGUCCCCCCUCCCACAGAACACACAUGCAAGAGUACCGUCUAUAGCCCAAGCCAGAGCAAGUCAGUGGAUGGGUACAGAGACUUUGAUGAGUUGAAUGGGGUGUUUUUGAAUAAUCACUUGGUUGAAGAGGCGGGUAGUAACGCAAUAAGCUCUGAAUACAGUAUUAGCACUCCAGAGCCACUCAACAAACAGUCCCUCUUACAAGACAAUCAUCAGUAUUACUACAGAGAUGUAGAACCCGAAGACAACCCGUCAUCUUACAGCAAUGCUUUACCUUGCAGGCAUACUGCCCAUUCAUCAAAUCAGUGUACGUCCGACUUCGAUAUCAGACACCAAUACAUGCACCCAGAAAGAAUACAACAGACAAUAUUAUAUUGCACAGCACCAAGUACUGUUUAUGUUGAGCCUAACAGGAGCGAGUACUGGGAACUGAAAGCCAAGCUUCAUAUUGAUCCCGACUACCUUGAAGUUCUUGAGAAACGUACAACGUUCACCCAGUUUUGAAUGACUUCAUGUUUUCCCUUAAAAGGUUGAAUCAUUGCUAUGUUUGCUGCAUUGGCACAUAGUGCUCAUGUUAAAUUUGAGCAUUCUACACUGAUUUCUAUCUUUUGAAACUACAGUAUACAGAUAUGCAGAUGCUUUCCCUUAACAACAUUAAAAUGAGGUAUUUUGUCUUUAUAUAUCCUCAAUACAGCUUGUUGCUACAGUAGCUAGUUUAUUGUUUAUCAAUUUCAGUCUUUGCUUUGAGAAAUUGCCAACAACUCUAUGUAAAUCAGUGAUGGGGGGAAAAAUAUAUAGUAACAAUUAUUUUGUAUGAUAUAUCGAUAUAUCCAAGUAUCGAUUUGUACAAUUGAGGGUAGCGCUAACGCUUAUCGGCUGACCCUUCGAACAAAACUCUGGUAUUUUUCAUCCUAUAGCUUGUUCUCCAUCUUUUUUUUUUUUAAAUAGCAAGUCUUCAUGUUUUCAGCACUUUUGUUUCCAUGAUUGAUCAACUCUCAUUUUCUAAUGUUCUCUCUUGUCUCUCUGCAGCAGACAAAAAGUGAGCAGUGUGUUUGGAACAUUAAAUUGCAAUCAAAUUUUGCAGUCUUGAAUCGCAAUACAGAUUGAAUCGGUACUUAAGUAUCGUGAUAAUAUCGUAUCGUGAGGUCGCUGGCAAUCCCCAGCCCUAAUGUAAAUAUGCAGUUCAUGUAUGCUUGUUGCACUUUUUCAAAAAGGGAGGUUCAACUGGCUUCUGUGUGCAUAUGGGUAUUCAUGAAACAAAACAAAACAACAUGUUUUUUAAAGAUAAAAGGAAAAUCCAUACUUCAUCAUUCCCGGGCAGUUUUGAGGUGGAACAGUACGCUCAUAUCAUUUUUCUCAAAUUGUCUAUUUUUAUACAAGUAUUUAGAAAUGUAAUUCUUCUUCUGUUUCUGUUUUAUCACUUUGCACGCAAUGCACUGAUUGACCCGAACAGGUCAACAAUGGAUAUGAUGUCACUUUCUUAUAUAUAUUUCGUAAGUCGUAGACUGUGUAAAUAACCAUGGCUAUAGCCAUAUGUAAAAUGAUUGCAGACAUGCAACCUCUGCGUUCUGAAGGAAAGUUAUAAGACAUUUUGCACUAUACGUGCAUGAAGCCACUUUUUUUUCCCCAGGAUGGAGACAAUCCUCAAUUUCCCUAUUUUUAUCUUUGGGGAUACAAAAUCAGUAUUCAGAAUAUCAUUGUCAACAAAUAAACAGCAAAUUCAUACAGUAUGUAUCCCUAUUAUCGCUGGAAAUGGCUCUAAAUACAAUGGAAUGGAUUGGUGACUGACACUUGUAUACGUUUGAUCACUCAAAAUAUUUUUGGGACAUUCAUACAUUUGUUUGGUAUUACUAAGGAAUCUUCUAGUUCUAAUUCAUUGUUAGACAUACACAUUUUCAGGGACGGUCCUUUCACUGUGGUACGUGCAGUGUCUAUUCAAAGCAUUGACAACGAAUUGUGUAAACAUUCGUCAAUGUAAUGACAUUUGCCAGUCCCUAUGUGUUUGGUCUCUAGUUCCAAGGGCACCACUGCCAUGUUGUGUUGUUGGCAUUUCCUACAACUUAUGAUGAGAUUAUGUCAGAGGCUGCUCAGUAUGUGCUGAAAAGCAGACUGGGUUUCAGAAAUAAUACAUUCUAAACCAUUUGUGGGCCAUUUAAAAAAAAAAUCAAAAGCACUAAGAAAAGUCUGUCCCUAUUAGAAUGCAUUGCACUAGAUUAACAUGUUAAUAAUAUUGACAUGUUAAUCCAGUGCAUUGUAAUAAGGACUGUCCUUUGUUAGUGAUUUUUGAUUAAAAAAAUGGAUCCAACAUGGUCGAUCUUGCUUUUUUUGUAUUGAGGUUAGAAAUAGUGUUUUUGAUUCCAGUAUCUGUCAUCGCACCAUAGCAUUGUUCUUGUUGGGUUUGAAAACACAUGACAAGAGUUCAAUGAAUAUAUCUGAUCAUUUACUGUAAUUCCCGCCCACCUCCUUAGCCUUUAUUGAUUUAAUAUGCAGUUAGUGUGUACAGUGUAUAUAUCACAAGCAAAUAGCCAUUGCAGUAAAACUACACACAAUGUUUGUAUCACAUUCAAGUAUAUCAAAGAGAUUGUAAAAAUUAAAUGUUACUCAUGGAAAUCUGUUUGUACGAACAGGUACACAUCAGUUUGUUUUUUUCUGAAUUUUUUACAUAAGGGUUUUGUAAAUGAGGUCUAGAGAGUGUUCCACUUAUGUCAAUUUUUUAUUGACUUGUCCCUUUAGUUCUCCAUAUGUAAGUCAUUUGGUGAAUUCUAACUUCUUACUUCAACUUUGUAAAUAGAAUGUGCCAGCUGCAUCUCCUUGCGGACUGCUGCUUCACUGAGUGCAAAGCCUGGUUUUUAUUGUGGAAACACACAGGACGAGAGGGAAUGCAACUUGGGUAUAAGAUGUGAGCACAGAGAUAAAUGUAUCUUAAAAAGUGCUGUUUCUGCUAUUGUUAGCCAAUGAAUAAAAUAUGUGCAUUCAUUCUGUA